AUGCUCUCCCAAGAACCCCCGAAGGCGGUGGCCAAGGUCCUCGUGCUCGCUGUGUGGGGCAUUACACCAAUUUCAUGGACCUACUUUAUUCUGUUUAUUCUCUACCGUACGCUCCUCGCUGAGAACCUCGCGGACGGCCUCCGCCAUGUUGUGCGGGGUACGCUUCCGGUGGCUGCGCGGCGCUUCCCGCGCUUUUCGCGCGCGCUGAGCUCGCGCGGCUGGUUCCUGUAUGCGCUGAUUGAAGUGCUCUUCUCGCUCUACUAUCGCCACCUCGCGGCACGCGUGCAAGUGCCGGGCGUGUCGCACACCGCGACGCGCAACUAUGUCGUCAAGGCUAUCACGACCGCGCUGUCGGACGGGAUGAACAAAGAGGGCACCGACCGCAAGGACUUGUUCAAGGCCAAGACGGGCGCGGAGCAGCUGCCGGAGCCGAACCGCCAUCUCGCCUGGGACGAUCCCCGCGCCGUCGAGUUCCGCCGCGAAAUGAGCGGCUGGUUCAUCGGCAUCAAGACGGAGAAUAUCACGAGGCAGGACGUGUACGAGUGGCUUAGCUGGGCGCUCUUUGGCAAGUUCUACAAGCAACUGCAAGAGGAGGACAAGGAGCAUGGCGAGGAAAGCGAACACGCGCAGAAGCAGCUCGAGUUCCUCGAAGACGCGACCCGCCUCUUUGCCGCACGCAGCGGCCGCAAAGAAUUCCCGGAGCACGUCGAGCUGAGCCCGGAGGAAAAGCGCUCGAAGCGCACCAUGCUCCUGUCGCUCGACCCGGUGCGUGUGAGCUCGCGUCCGUUUGGGCUGUACGCAGCAGUGGCCCUCGGCAACGAGCUCGCACGCUUCAUCUGGAGCCGGCGCUACGGCAUGCAGCGCCUGAAGAUCGGCGACGUGUCCUACCUGCUCUACAUCCCGUCGGAAUGGAGCGCAAGCGCGGCCAAGAAGGGCGAGAUGCCGCUCCCGGUCCUUUUCCUGCACGGCCUCGGUAUCGGCAUGGUGCAGUACGUGGACGUCGUGCGCGGGCUGCUCAACCCCGAGCUCAUGCGCCAGCCGCGCCCGGUGCUCAUCCCGCUGCAGCCCUGGACAUCGGGGGACAUCUUGUCGCCGCGCUUCCUGCGCCCUUGGCGCGCUCCGGAGAGUGCCGCGCUGAUCCGCGCCAUGAUCGAGCGCCAUGGCUUUGACGAGUGUGGCGUGUCGGUGAUGUCGCACAGUAUGGGCACGAUCCUGCAUACCUGGCUGCUGAAGCACAUGUCGGACCUGAUUCAGCGCUCGAUCCUCGUGGACCCGGUGUGCUUCCAGCUCUGGGCGCCGCAUCUGUGCUACCGUUUCCUGUACAAAAAGGCAAACACCUUUAUCGAGUACGCGCUGCGCUACUUUGUCGCGCGCGAGCUCGGUACCGCGAACGUAUUGACCCGCAACUUUGACUGGUCGUCGAAUGUGCUGUUUAUUGACGACAUCCCGAACCACGACAACCCGAAUCGGACACGCGUGUACCUCGCCGGCUCCGAUACGGUGGUGGACGCGCCAGUCGUCGAGCGCUUCCUUGCGCGCAACGGCAUGCGCGACGUGCUCGAGUACCGCAAGGGGCUGCACCACGGCACGUACGUCAUGGGGCCGGGCAACGUGCUGCCCCAAAUUGUAUCUGAACUGGAUGCUCCUUUGAAAUAA